AUGUCUUCCCACAAGACUUUCAGGAUCAAGUGGUUCCUGGCCGAGAAACAAAAGCAGAAUCGUCCUAUUCCUCAAUGGAUUCGGAUGAAAACUGGUAACAAAAUCAGGUGUAACUCCAAGAGGAGGCGCUGGAGAAGGACCAAGCUGGGUCUGUAAGGAGAGUCACAGGAGACGCAUGCACAUUUGCUGUGCUAGGCUGCUAGGAUCUUGAACACACAGCAGUUGGAAAGGCACCACAAGUCUGAAGUCAUGUUUCUUUGAAUAGAGAAUC